AUUUGGGGGGUGUGGCGGGGACUCUCCUGGCUGGCAUGGCGUACACACAGGCUAAUCAGGCUCUCCCACCUGUCACCCUGGCCCUUCUCUGCUUGGACGGUGUCUUCCUCUCCUCAGCCGAGAAUGACUUCGUCCACCGGAUCCAGGAGGAACUGGACCGCUUUCUGCUGCAGAAGCAGCUGUCAAAGGUUCUUCUUUUCCCCCCACUCUCCAGUCGCCUCCGGUACCUGAUCCAUAGAACAGCAGAGAAUUUUGAUCUCUUGAGCAGCUUCUCCGUUGGGGAGGGCUGGAAGAGGAGGACGGUCAUCUGUCACCAGGACAUCAGGGCACCCAGUUCGGAUGGCCUCUCUGGCCCCUGCCGCGCUCCUGCCUCCUGCCCCAGCAAGUACCACGGUCCUCGGCCCAUCUCCAACCAAGGAGCAGCUGCGGUUCCCCGAGGUGCCCGGGCUGGCCGGUGGUAUCGUGGACGCAAGCCUGACCAGCCUUUGUAUGUGCCCCGGGUGCUGCGCAGGCAGGAAGAAUGGGGGCUGACCUCUACCUCGGUGCUCAAGAGAGAGGCCCCAGCUGGCAGGGACCCAGAAGAGCCUGGAGAUGUUGGUGCUGGAGACCCCACCUCUGAUCAGGGACUCCCUGUGCUGAUGACUCAGGGAACAGAGGACCUAAAGGGCCCAGGACAAAGGUGUGAGAAUGAGCCACUGCUGGACCCUGUUGGCCCUGAGCCUCCAGGGCCUGAGAGUCAGUCAGGGAAGGGAGACGUGGUGGAGAUGGCCACACGGUUUGGGUCCACCCUGCAGCUAGACCUGGAAGAGGGGAAGGAGAGUCUGUUGGAGAAGAGGCUGGUGGCAGAGGAGGAAGAGGACGAAGAGGAUGGCCCCAGCAGCUGCUCGGAGGACGAUUACAGUGAGCUGCUGCAGGAGAUCACAGACAACCUGACGAAGAAGGAGAUUCAGAUAGAGAAGAUCCAUUUGGACACGUCCUCCUUUGUGGAGGAGCUGCCUGGAGAGAAGGACCUUGCCCACGUGGUAGAGAUCUAUGAUUUCGAACCAGCGCUCAAGACGGAGGACCUGCUGGCAACGUUUUCUGAGUUCCAAGAGAAGGGGUUCAGGAUUCAGUGGGUGGAUGAUACUCACGCACUCGGCAUCUUUCCCUGCCUGGCCUCAGCUGCUGAAGCCCUGACCCGGGAGUUCUCGGUGCUCAAGAUCCGGCCCCUCACGCAGGGAACCAAGCAGUCAAAGCUCAAAGCCUUGCAGAGGCCAAAAACCACGGUGGGAGAUUUUAGACACGAGUUUUCCGUGACUUCCAAGUAGCAACUAGUAAAAUGGACCUGCAAGAGGCUUGCCGAGGCCGGCUGUGCUCUCGUGGGUGGUUACGUAGCCAACAUGGUCCAGGGUUUCUUGGAACAAUAAAUAUCCUGUCCAUAGGUCUGUGAGCUCUGGGUGUUCGAUCCUGACUUGAUACCCCUCCCAAAGGACCCUAAAAAGCAGGGAGGUGUGCAGGAUGAACCCCUCAGCCCCCUCACUGUAGAGACAGAGAAACAAGGGCAUGGAGAGGCGACAAGUUUGGGUCAGCAUCCCCUGGGGGGCCAGGAUCCCUAAGUCAGCCCCCUCUCAUGAGCAUCCGGCCAUACCACGGGCACAGCUGGGCCGAGGCCCCACACGUGUCACAUGAGAGGCUGGCUCUGAUGGCUUGUACGGCUGCUGUGUUGCUGGGGGAGAGGCAGCCACGACCUUGUGUUUAGGUCCCCACCGUGGGGUUUUCCUUCUAGAACUCCUGCGUCUGGUGAAGGAGAGGCCACAGACAAAUGUGACUGUGGCCCGGCGGCUGGUGGCUCGGGCCCUGGGACUCCAACACAAAAAGAAAGAGCGGCCUGCUGUCCGGGGUCCGCUGCCGCCCUGAGGCCUGGAGACCCAACUGGCCUGGAUCUGCGUCCCGACGUAGCUGGUGCCCCCAACACCAUAAGCCUUCACAGACGCCAGAGCAGCCCCGCACCACCCUCGAGCUUCACCAUGGGGUGUGGUGGGCUUUAGUUUAGUCCCAGAAAUGGAGAAAAAAUAAAAACUCACGUUGUUCUAAUGUGA